AGGGAGACCCCUACAACAACACGUGUGCUACAUUCUGUCUCGGUGCCGUUAGAUACAGCAUAAUAAUGGGGAGAUAUGCAAGGAAGAAGCAACACAAGGGAGAUAAGCCACUGAAGGAGAAGUACAGAACUAAACGUAAAACAAAAGACCAUGAUCAGAUUCAUGAAGAUAUGAAACCAGACAAAGCACAGAAGCUGUUGAAUCAAGAAAUUGACUAUGAUCGACCCGGUGCUGGACAGUUCUAUUGUAUUCAUUGUGCGAAAUAUUGUAUUAAUGAGCAGGCGUUAAAGGAACAUUUCAGAGGCAAGCCUCACAAGAGAAGAAUAAAAGCCCUCCAGGUUGAGCCAUACACACAAGCCGAGGCUGACAGAGCAGCUGGGAUGGGUUCAUACAUAGCACCGAAGUCAGUUGAUGUGCAAACACAAGAUAACAAGAUGCAGGAAGAUAUUGGAUGAUUUUUGCAAAAUAAUUAAAAAACAAUCAUAUUUUAAAAUGAAAAUAUUUACUGUGAUAUGAAAUGUAUGCUGGAUUAAUAUGCUGGAUAAAUGAUAUUUUUUGCUCACCUACGCAUAAAGUAAAAAGUGCUAUUGUCAUAGCCCUGUAUCCGUAAUUAGUGUCAUAAACAGUUUUACUCUUAAUACUCAAGAGGUAAUAUGUUUGGUCCAAUGAAACUUGGAUGGAAUAUUCAACUGAAUAAAAUCUUGGUGAGUGAUGCAGGACCUUCAUGGUCGGCUAGUCGGAAUAUCAGUAGGACAUUGAGAAAUAUAUGAAAAAAUUUGUCUAGGAAUGGUUUAUUGAAAUUGUCAAGUGUAUUGUAAAUUUGUUUAGCACUGAGAUCUUGCAAAUUCUUUAAGACUCAUUUUGCUAAUGAAAAAAUUAAGUAAGCUGUUUUUAGAAACAAUUUUUAUCAUACCUCAAGAGGCUGCUUUGGGGUCAUACACAAUGCACACAUACAAACCUCUUUUUUCAAGAGGUGGAAGAUAAUUAUGACAUCUUCAUACGGAGUCGAAAAAUCACAGGUUUGAGUAUGCUUUGAAAAUUGAGUAAAGAUUUUUAAAAACAUGAAAGAAAAUAAUAAAAAAUUGGAUUUGAUAAUAUGAAUAUAAGUUUCUAAACAUGUGUUAUUUAGAUAUACAUGUAGCAUAUUGGAAUGUCUUUCAUAAUUAAUAACUUCUAGUAAAUCUCA